AUGAAUAUUACUGAAGAAAAGUGGUCUAUUCAACAAUCACAAGUUCCUCCUUCCCCACAUCACCAUACUCACCCAACAAUGUCUCCACAAAUGAAUGGUAUGCCUUCGGAAAACUUUAUGCAACCAUUUCAAUACGAUGGUCAACAGGCUCCAGGUCAAAUGCAUCCUCAAAUCUUUGUAUCAAUGGCUGCACCAGCAUUACCCUCUCGAAAUAAUGUAUCCCCUAUCAACAGUGCAAAUCCAAAUUCAUCAGGAAAUGCAACUGAUCGAAAGGUUAUUGAUAAUCGACCUACCUUUACCACAUCAUCAUUUCAUGCCGCACCAUUUCAACAAGGUGUUAUAAGAAAACGUAGAACAGAUGCCAUGGGAUUCCCUCAAGACGCUGGACCAUUCUUUUCCGCCACUUCUCAACAUUACAAUGUCUAUACUGAUAACGAUUGGACAUGUUAUCGAAGGAAUUAUUUUCAAAUUAGUAGUGCAUUCUCGAUCUCUAGUACUACUCAUCCAAUUAAUGAAACAGAUGCUCCUUGUUUACUUGAAGUUGAUGGGCAAUUUCAUACCGUAACUCAAUUUUUAUUGGGUAUCACAGCCAGAGUAUCUAAUAGUGACAAAAAAAUUGAAUUAGUUCAACAUACUCCAAAAAGAGAUAAAGGACCACAAAUGGUUCCUGUACCUAAACCUAUUCGUGCUGGAGGAAAUUUAAAUUUAAGUUCUGUCGGUUCAAAUUCAAAUAUUGUUACAUUUGAACGUAUUCAAUUUAAAACUGCCACAGCUAAUAAUGGUAAACGUAGAGCUGCACAACAAUAUUAUGUUGUGUUGGUAGAUCUUUAUGCCCAAACUGAAACUGGUGAACAAUUUCGUGUCGCAACUUCAACUUCUGCACCAUUAGUUGUACGUGGUAGAUCACCUGGUCAUUAUGCUGAUAAUCAUGAUAGAUAUAAUCCUAUGGCAAUGAACCCCGCAUUUCCAAAUGAUCGUCACAUAGGAUAUCCACCUCAAGGACCAAAUGGAGCACCAAUGAUGCCACCAGAUUUUAAUGGUGCACCAUUUCAAGGACCAUAUGGACAAUAUCCUCCAUUUACUGGAUUUCCACCAGUAGCGGGAGGAUUAAUGAUGGCAACAGCACCGAAUGGACAAUCCGCUUCACCAUUUCAUCCACAACAUCCACACGCAGCAGCGGCGGCAGCAGCACAACAAUAUAUGGUACAAGGGAUGCAACAAGAUUCAGGUGAAAAUCAAAAUUCCCAAUCACAACAACCACCUGAAAUGUAUAAUGAUUCAAUGAUGCAUAUGGAAGGAGUAACGACAUCAUCGUCACAUUCAGCAUUUACAAGUUUUGAAUCACGUCAAGGGACAAAUUCAAAUUCAACUAAUAAUGCCAAUGUGACGAAUGCCACAAAUAACACUACGACAUCAACAGUAACAGGAGGAACCGGAGGAAAUAAACCAUAUAUGAAAAUAGAAAUUCCUCAAUCAUCAGAAUUACCAGAUCAUCCAUUAACAUCCCCCGCUUAUCACACACAGGAGUAUGUUGACGCCAAUAACGCGUCAUCACAUCACGGAGGAUAUCAUUCCGAUCAUGAACCAACUAAUAACAAUAAUAAUGGAGGAGGACGUCAAACAAGAUCAGAAGUUUCAUUAGAACAUAAUUCCAGUAAUACUAAUGGACAUCAUUCUCCACAAAUGAAUGUUGAAAAAACCGAACCAAAUAUAAAAUCUCCAACCGCCAAUAAUUCUAUGAGUUCUUAA